UUUUUUGCCAGUAAAAAGGAAAAGUCACCAUUAAAUUAUGAUAUUUUUAGACUCUCUACAUGCCAGUGCGGAAAAUCACGAGAAUUUCACACAAAUUUAAGAUCUAAUAAGACGAAAAAGCGUGUGACAAACAGCAGAAAGAGACACAAAAUUGCAGAGAAAUUUUUUUUACGUCGCAUCUACGUUGUUGUCAUCAACGACACACACAAGAGAUUUCUCCUCAUCCGUAAGCUGGAAAGUUAAGAGAACCAAAAAAAAAUCACCCACGAAGAACAAGGAAGUUCUUCUCCAACUAAAUACGUAAAAAGUUGUACGUACGAAAAAAACGCGUGUGAUGAAUUUUUAACCCAGUCUUCUAAAGACAAAGAUGAAAAAGUAACAAAUACUUAAGAGAAAAAAUCUAGUUAACUUAUUUAAAAAAUAAAAAUGGAAGAAAAAAGUGAUAAUCCGCCAUCCUCGCCGUCAAUCUCGACAGUUACCACAGAUUCAGAGACGGAGACAUGGGAAGUCGUUGAAGACAAAGACGACGACAAAGAACAAAAAUCGCAGCAAAAUCCAAAAAUAACCAUUGACAAAGCCGAGUCAACGGAUAACGAUGACGAAGGCGAUGCUGACGGCAAAAAGAAAGAGAAAAGCAGCUCGCUGAGUGUCGGGAGUUCAAGCAGAGUUGAAGAGGUCAAAGAUGGCAAAAUCUCGUAUGACGACUUUUCCGAUGGCAUUUCUGUGAUAAGUGAAAGCGAAAUGGAGUGCCAUCAUGAUGUCGAUACGACGUUGGAAGACGAACCAGAGGCUCCGGCGAAGAAAGAAUUGAUGCUCAAGUCACCGAUGAUGGUCUGUCCCGUACGUGACGAGCAAAUGCCUUUAUUGGAGUACUUGCAACAAUAUUUUAUGAACAAUCAACUUGCGUCGAUGGCAAUUUUAGCACUUCUUGUAGCCGUUGUCGGGGGACUUUUCUGUCAAAUUGCGAUGAUUUUUAGUUCUUCAGCGACAACGGAGCCCUCAACAUGCCCGAGUGACGUUAAUUUGUUGAUUUGCGAGAACAAAUUGAAGGAAUUUGAACGAGAUAACGCCAAUUUACGCAUCGAAAUCUCCAUCUUGCAGAAAGAGAUAGAGGAUAUUCGAGGAAAAUGCGUUGCUGCGAAGGAAGAAAAUGCGAAAGAAGACACGGUUCCGGUUAGAACAAAAGCAAUUAAUGGACAAUACAAGGGAAAACGGGUCAAAACAAAGUACGAUGCGUUUAAAAGACCUCCUGUCGCGGCUGGCGGUGAAGAAGAGACAUUUAUUCAUGUUGACAAGCCACUUCUUGUUGACGAAGAUGAACCGCCACUCACAACAUGGACCGAUUUCAUCGAACCCUUGCAAAAUUUAUGGACUGAAGGAGCCCCGAAUGAUGAAAUUAUCGUCGAAGAUGAAGUUGAAACGAAUUAUGAACCCGUCGACGUUGAUACGGAAACGAAUCCAACGUUGAACGAGCUACCCGAGGACGAAAAAUCCCCAAUUCCUGAACCAAAUGAGAAAAAAUUCGACAAAAAAUCGAGUUGGAAACAGAAAAAUGAGCAAAAUGACAAGAAAUUUGAGAAUAAAAAGGCACAAAAGUUCGAUGAAAAGCCAAAACGCGACGAAAAAUACCAAGAAAAGCACAAUAAAGAUCAAAAGAAACGUUCCAAAGAGGCAUCCGGCGCUGGAGAAUACAAACAAGAACAAAAAUGGAAGAAAUACGAUGAACACGGAAGCGGUGACAACAGCUACAAAGUAGAAAAAUCAAAAGGUAAGAAAGAUUACGACAACAAAUCAAAGAAAAAUAAUGAAAAACCUCACUACAAAAAAGAUAACGACGACGACAAUCACCAUGACAAGCACAAACGUGAUAAUUCCGACGAGGAAAAUGACUUUUGGAAGCAAAGUCACGAGAAAUCCUACCAGAAACGUCGCUCAAAUGAUCGAAAUGAGUCCCGUAAAGACUCGAGUGGCGAAAAAUAUAAGCGAGAAAAGCACGGAGAUUCUCGCGAAAAGAGUUCUUGGCACGAUGAUCGCAUGAAAAAUCGUGAGAAGCACCGCGAUCGUGAUAAUAGUGAAGAAAAUUGGUAUGUCGAACGGAAGAAGAAUCGCGAAAAGCACAGAGAAAGUCGCGAAAAAGACAGCAAUUGGUACAUUGAACGUAAUCUGGAACGAGAAUUGCUUCGAUCGCGAGAGCAUGACACGUCAAAAGAAAGAUCUAAGUAAACAAGUUAAGGAAACACAAUUGAAUUAACAAAGAAAAUAAUAUUUUAAUAUCUGUUUUACAAUAAAAAUGAAAAAGUAUAUUAAAGUGGAAAUAAAUGUAU